AAUCCCGUCUAUCCGGAAUCCGCUCUAUAGUGUUACACGAAAGUGAACAGGCAAACAUUCUCGAGGAUCCUUGAUUAGCAUUAUAUCAGUGUCAAAAUGGCGAGCUGUAAAGCAAGUUUUGUGUCGAUCUUGAACAAUGACGACAACCCGGCCUUCACAGUCCGCUCCGCCCCCGGGCUAUCUAGACAUCAAGCCACUUCGCCUUAUCCUUACCACUACGCACCUCAACAAUCGAUCCCGGCUCCAGAGUUUCGCUAUCACCAUGCCUAUGUGAAUUCUCCGUCAGUAUCACCUGGCUUGGCACGGCUUCCAUUCGACCCCGUGCCCGAACCCGUGCAGCCCACCUCUCCCGGCUCUUCGGACUGCUCCUACGACUACAUGAGUAGCACCAGCGUUCGAUCUCACUACCACCUUGGCCGCCAGGACACGAAUUCUUACCGCACUAUCUCCGAAAAGCGCAUCAGCGGCAGCUCUGUUACCGAGCCUCCAUCGCCCCAGCCUUCUAUCGGCAGUACCAAGGAAUCCAUGGCUGCCAAAUCCGGUGUCCGCAAGAACAAGUACCCUUGCCCAUUUGCUGCCAGCCACGGCUGCUCUGCGACAUUUACGACAUCCGGCCAUGCCGCCCGUCACGGGAAGAAGCACACAGGGGAGAAGAGCGUCCACUGCCCCAUCUGCAACAAGGCAUUCACCCGGAAAGACAACAUGAAGCAGCACAUCCGCACGCACCGCACCCACUCCGAGGAUAUGCCCACAGCCAUGACGACGGAUCGGGACAGCGAUGGCAGUGGCAGCUGGUCGACCCGGAGGAGCAACACAUCGGUGUAUGACCACCAGCGCUCUAUCAGCGGAACGCAGAUGGACGCAUCCUCGUACGAUAGUGGUUCGAAGCUGAACCCGAUCUCCACGAGUCGGGCGUAUGAACCGAUGCCCUCACGCGUAUGA